GGAGGAAGGACAGUGCACCUUCCUUCUCCUUUGGGAGAGGGGAUUGUUUCCCCUUCCCUAACCCUCUAAAAGAGGGGGCACUUUCAAGAUGAUUCAAAACAAUUAAAUAUGUAACUUUAAAAGGAUUAAAAUCAUGGAUAGACAGGUCCCUUUAUAUAAUUAAAUAACACCAAUUGAUUACAUACCUGUUAAAACACUAUACAUGAUCUCUUAGAAAAUGGAUUAAAAAAAAUUUAAUUUAUAGUACCUUUUUAUAUGAUUUAAAAACAUUAGCUUAAUAAAUAGGUUCUAUAGGAUUAAAAAAGACAUUUCAUUAUGAUUUUACAAGAUUUGAGCAAUUAAAAAAACAAACAAAGACAAAUACUAUGCGUAGUUCAUGGUCAAACUUGCAGACAUCCAACACUGAGGAUACGUAAGAAGGGGGAGGGCCAAAAUACGUAGAUGAACUUGAGGGGAGGUGAUAAAAGGAGACAGGGAGGCGAGUCACUCAUUCCUGCUCUGACUUUGGAACAACAUGGACCCCUGUCAGCCAGUCAAUUCAUCUACACAGUGUGCUAGGCCUGAGCAAGACCAGAAACUGGUCGAAACGUCACUGUCCAGCACACGCUUCUUUGGUUUUUUAUUGCUCAAAUAAAAUUUGUUUUUUAUUUUAUAAACCAAUUCAUUUAUUGUGUCCUUUUCAGUUCAUUCAUUGUUUUUUUUUAUUUUGAUUCAUUUCAUUUCAUUUCAAUUCAUUGCUGUAUAAAUAAAGUUGCACAAGCAUAACAUUUCAUUUUAUCACAUAUAAAUAUAUUAUUAAAAACAAUUAUAAAUAUAUACCUUCUGUAAUUACUUAAAUACACCACUGAAAAAACAUCAACUCUUGGAAGGCACGUGGAGGGAAGUGCGCUAUGGGCGCAGACGCCAACGCGCCUACGAUCCCGGCUGGGAUCACAUGAGAGAGGUGCAGUGGGGGAAGGACAGUGCACUUCCCGUGCCACUUCUGGCACAGGCUCAGUUCCCCUUAUCUACUAGGAAUAAUCAAUUAUGCUGUGUCUCAGAACAUUUUACUGUUCAUACAAACUCCCAUGGUCAUAUACAGUAGUGUCAGUCACAUUUAAAAUUGCUGCUUCACUCCUACUCCCAUCUCUAUUCCGAUUUAGCAGUUGUUGUUGUUGAAGAGAGAAGGUGUAUAGAUAAAAUGGAAGCUCCCACAAAGCGAAGAAACCAAGACUGACAGCCGGACAUAAGAUGUUAACUAGAUAAUGUAACUAACUAAAUAGGUAACGUUAGCUUAGUAGAUUAAAGCAAUAAGCCCUGAGAGGCGCGUCGUGCCUUAGCUGUUCUAGAAUCACUGUAAACCACGGCCUCAUGGGACUUAUUGCUUUUGGAAAACGGUUACUACAUAUACCUGGCAAGGUCAAUGAACAAUAAUUUAUUGAUAACAAAUAAUCAUUCUUCCACCAAGCAAUGUAACGGUAGUUCCUCAGCGACAUUCAGCAGAAUGGUUGCUAAGCAACACACAGACGCAACAACACAGACUCAAUUGAAACUUAAUGUUAAAGAUUGGGGUGAUUGUUAACAUUUAUCUGGAUAUAUUUAAGCACUGAUAACAUAGAUCCACACUGUAAAAAUUGAUUCUGUGGUCAUGUAGAUUUGAAUUAAUGUAUCAGGUAAAAUAUAUUCAAUAUAAUUGUGUUUUUGGUUUUGAGGAGAAUAUUUAAUUAAAAUUUAAAUAAAAAUGUUUGGAAUAAAAUCCGCCCAUUGUAAUUAAAUAAAACAUAAGCAUUAUGUUUACCUAAUCCCAAAUAGACAGAAUAUUGAGUGAAUUCUAAUUAAUGUAAUCAGGCAAAUUUUAAUUGAAAAGUACUUCCUGUCAAAGAGCGCCUUUUUAAAAAAAAAAAAAAAAAAAUGCAGCAGGCUAUCAUUUAGCCACAAGACAUUUGAAGAGAGUACAGACAGUGAAUGUUCGCCUUCUUCGACAUUGCUCAACUUGCAAAAUUUAACUGGUUGACUAAGAUCAAUGCAGAAUUUCAAAGAACAGCUACUGUACAUCUGGAGCCGAAAUUUAUGUCUGCGUUGGACCAUCACACUCCCAAGCUACUGACACUAUUUCGUGCCAAAGGUGGAGCACUUCGAAGAAGACUGGAGAUCAUAAUGGAACCGCUGGAGGACUCAGUGCACUCUUCGGUUGAGAGGACCAGAGAGGUUGUCCUUAAGUGUCUUAUAGAAUACCUUGGAGAACAAGGGGGACAUCUCAUCAAAGAAUUCAAUGACACUGAGAACUUGGAGGAACUUGAACAGCUCGUAAUGGCAAUUAUUGUGACCCCAAAGCCUGGAGCUUCUACAAGCAACAGCCCAAAGAACAUUGGAAUUGUCAUAGAGGGCGUGGAAGUCAUCACAGGACUUGGAGAUAUUGUGAGGGCUUGCUCUGUCCUCCUUGGCUUGACCUACGCACUGAAUCUCGAUUAUCCCAGACAGCUGAAGUACACCUUUGAGGUAUUCCAAAAACUUUUCUUGGAACUGGAUGAUUCAGAGCUGUCAAAGUCCAGUCCCUCAAGAGCAAACUUCUGGCUUGAAAUGAGACUGUAGUUGCAGUGCAGACUUUUGUGCUACACAAUGUCCCGCUUCUACAGAGCUUGAGAAUUGCACAUUUGAAAGUGCUCUGUUUGUAAGUUGGCACUGAUUUGGACUCUGUCCCAUGAAUGUCAUUGACAUUUCAAUUGUUGUUAGUUCAAAGUACAAAGUACAAAUGUUUUUACUCUGUACAAAUUGCACUUUUAUAGUUUAUGUUUUGGCACAUGCACUUAUGGAGAAUUUUUACUUUAAGAUCAUUAUUGAUCUAAUUUAGUGGUUCAGUGAGUUGAGAAAGGAUGGAAACAUGUUUAUGGACAUAUCACCAUUCUGUAAUAUGGCAUUUCUUUUUUUUCUUUUUAAUUGUUAAAGUCAGCAUUUUGUCCCUUUUCAAAGAUCUGUUUUGACAUGUGUGAGCAAACUUCUGGCUUUAAAAUGAGACUGUAGUUGCAGUUUACAUGUUGUGCUACACAAUGUUCAGCUUCAACAGAGCUAGCGAAUUGCACAUUUGAAAGUGUUGCUAUGUUUGCAAGUUAGCACUGAUUUGGACUCUCAUCCCACUAAUUUCUAUUGUGGUUAGUUCAAAGUACUAAAUGUGUUUUACUCCAUACAAAUUGUUUUGGUACAUGCACUUCUGGUGCAUUUUUCUUUAAGAUCAUUAUUAAUCCCAUUUAGUAGCUUAGUGAGGUGAGAAAGCAUGGAAACACAUGUUUAUGGAUACAUAAUCACUGUGUAAAAUGGAAUUUAUUUUUGUUUUUACAAAAAAGUUUGGAGUCAGUAUUCUGUCCUAUUCAAAUUUCUGGUUUGAAAAUGCAAGAUCUUACUUCUGGCCUGAAAUAAGACUGUGGUUGCAGUGUACACUGAUGCUACAAUGUGUUUGAAAGCACAAAAGUGAAUUGUUAAUAAACGUGUUAUUUGAU